AUGUUGGACUCUUUUAUGACCCAAUUGGAAAUUGUUGGUAACCGUAGUAAAUGUGUCAACAUGUUACUAUGGUCUAUCUUUGGCUUUGGUGUUUUAAAGGCUACUACUUUGAUUUUAAGAAUCAUGGCAUGUUUUGUUGAUUUGUUUGUUUUACCACCUGUUAAUUAUUCCAAAUAUGGUUCAAAGAACGGUAAUUACUGUGUUAUUACAGGUGCAAGUGAUGGUAUUGGUAAAGAAUUUGCAUUUCAAAUGGCUAAACGUGGAUUCAAUUUAAUCUUAAUCUCAAGAACUUUGUCUAAAUUAGAAACUCUACAAAAGGAAAUUUCUACCAAAUAUAAUGUUAAAGUUGAGGUUUUGGCAAUUGAUGUUGCUAAGGAUUCUGAAGAUAAUUAUUCAGCAAUUAAGGAAUUAUGCGGUAAAUUCCCAAUCACAGCUUUGAUUAACAAUGUUGGUCAAUCUCAUUCUAUCCCUGUUCCAUUCUUGGAAACAGAUGAAGAUGAAAUGAGAAGAAUCAUCACUAUUAACAAUACUGCUACUUUAAUGAUUACUCAAAUUAUUGCACCAAUGAUUAUUAAAACUACCAAGGAAUCUUCAAAAAAGACCCGUGGUUUGAUUUUGACAAUGGGUUCCUUUGGUGGUUUGAUUCCAACUCCAUUGUUGGCUACAUACAGUGGUUCCAAAGCUUUCUUGCAAAGUUGGUCAAGUUCUUUAGCUGGUGAAUUAAAAGAACAUAAUGUCGAUGUCGAAUUGAUCAUUUCUUACUUGGUCACAAGUUCCAUGUCCAAGAUUAGAAAGACCUCUAUGAUGAUUCCAAACCCAAAGACGUUCGUCGCUUCUACUUUAAGAAAUAUUGGUAGACGUUGUGGUGCUCAAGAAAGAUAUGCCACCAUUACCCCAUACUGGUCUCAUGCCUUAUACCAAUUGGCUAUAGUCGAAGCAGUUGGAGUCUACUCACACUUAGUAAACUACAUCAACUACGUCUUCCACAAAUCUAUCAGGAUUAGAGCUUUGAAGAAAGCCGCUAGAGAUGCCAAGAAACAAUAA